AUGGCCGCCGCUGGAUCCCUUCCUUCCUCCUUCACAUCUCGCCUCCAGAACGACAACAAAACACGAAUCGAAACCAGAACGCACGAAGGAAAGAAAAACGGAAACGCAGGAAAGGAAAGAAGAAUCGGUGACAGAGGGAGCGGUUCGAGGAGUCGUUCACGCGAUUUUAGAACAAGACAAAGAGCAACAAACCCUAAUCCCCCAAAGAAACCCCAAACCCAAUGUUGUCCAGAUGAUUAUAAGAUGAAGAUUAAAAGGAAGCACGAAAUCAUGAAAAUAAUAGAAGUAUUGCAAAAAAAUGAAUCUGUUACUGCAACUCUGUUAAAUUUUAUAAGGAUGUUUCUCAAAGCACAUGAUGAGAAUAUCAAACAAGCAGAAUUAGAGAAGAAGAAAGCUGAGAAAGAGGCUGAAAUGGAGAAGAAAGCUAAGAAGGAGGCUGAAAUGGAAAAGGGUAAAAGCAGUGGUUUGACAAGGAAGAGUAAAAAAGAUAAAGAAGAAGAAAGCUGA